AUCAGGGCUGGUGAGAUCGACCUCAUGGCGCAGCAAUACACGGAAGUGACCAAGAAUCAAGUACAAGCACAAUCACAACCAGUGCAAAUACAAGCAGAACCCAAGGCCGGUAAAGCCGAUGCCACAAAGGAAGAUACACAAGCAGUUCAACCGACGAAACCCUGGUGGAUGGGCUUAAGGUGUCCGUUCGAAGCGGCCUGUGAUGUCGAGUACAGAUUAGAGAUCGAGGAAUUUGAGAGCAUAGACGCGCACGUGUACGGCUCUGGGCAUAUCAGUGCAAACGACAUGUUGCGGGAACAUAACUACUGGAAGAACAGAUACAUUAACAUGAAG